AGAGCGGUAGUCCACUUGCUCCGAAGUAAAUCCCUAGAAAUUCCCUGAGUUUCAAUUGAAAUUUUCUGUAAACCCUAAUUCUACACUCUUUAUCUCAGUUUCGUCAUUGUUAAUUUCUGCUCACAUAAAAUUACCAGAAGAAAUUUGUUGCCGAGAUCCUAAUUUUGUUGACAAGUUCAACAUCUUGAGUCUUCAUGGACAUGGAAUGGUCUGAAUCGAGGUAUGAGCAACGUGAAGAGAGAGAUGAUCGAGAUGAAUCUCCUAAUCAUAUCAAGGAUAGGAAGAAAAGCAGUCGAGGGGAAGAAAAAGAUCAUAGAAGUAAAGAACGAGAAAGGUCGAAGAGGAGCAGUGAUGACGUCUUGAUGGAAAGAGUGAAAGAGGCUAGAGAUGUAGAAAAGGAGCGGGGUUUUGCUAGGGAGAGGAGGAAGGAUGAUAGAGAUGAGCGGGAUAAGAGGAAGGAUGAUAGAGAUGAGCGGGACAAGGAUAGAAGCAGAGAAAGUAAGGUUAGAGAGAAAGAUCAUGAUCGAGAAAAAAACAGAGAAAAAGAGCGUGAAAGGGAUAGAGAUCGAAAAGAUCGAGUGAAAGAAAAAGACCGCGAGAAGGAGAGGGAUGUUGAAAAGGAUAGUGAUCGAGGACGGGAUAAGGAGAGGGGAAAGGAGAAGAACAACGACAGGGAUAAAGAAAGGGAAAAGGAAAGGGACAAGGGACGGGAAAAAGAUCGAGAGCGAGAGAGAGAGAAACAUAGAGACAGGGAGAAAGGGAGAGAAAAUUACAAGGAUACAGAUAAAGAGAAAGAGAAGGCGAAAGAGAAGAUUAAAGAGAAGGAGAGGGAGGCAGAUCAAGAUAAGGAGAAGUCAAGAGAUAGAGUAAGCAAGAAAAGUGUAGAGGAAGAUUACGAGUUGGGCAAGGAUGGGGGAAGAGAUGAUAAAACUAAGCUGGAUGACGAUAAUAAGAAGGAUAGAGAAGCUAAGCAAGGGAAUGUUUCGCAGUAUAUAGAUGGUGAACAGAUUACUCACGACAUUUCACAUAAAGCACACCUAACAACAACAGAGCUCGAGAAACGCAUCUUGAAGAUGAAACAAGAAAGAUCAAAGAAGAAAACAGAAGAUGUUCCUGAAGUUUUAGCAUGGGUGAAUAAAAGCCGCAAGCUUGAGGAGAAAAAGAAUGAUGAAAAAGAGAAAGCUUUGCAGCUGUCUAAGAUUUUCGAGGAGCAGGACAAUAUUGUUCAAGAAGAUAGUGAAGAUGAAGAGACAACAACCCAACAUUAUAAUCUAGCAGGGGUUAAAGUUCUUCAUGGGAUCGACAAAGUAAUGGAAGGUGGUGCAGUUGUUUUGACGCUCAAAGAUCAGAAUAUUCUAGCUGAUGGCGACAUUAAUCUAGAGAUUGAUAUGCUUGAGAAUGUGGAAAUUGGAGAGCAGAAGAGGCGAGAUGAGGCUUACAAAGCAGCAAAAAAGAAAGUGGGGAUAUAUGUUGAUAAGUUUAAUGAUGACCCAAACUCAGAGAGGAAAAUGCUUCCACAGUAUGAUGAUCCAUCCACAGAUGUGGGGGUAACUAUAGAUGAAAGAGGACGCAUUACUAGUGAAGCAGAGAAGAAAUUAGAAGAGCUUCGUAGAAGGUUACAGGGCGCUUCUACAAACUCACGCUUUGAAGAUCUCAGUUUCCCUGGAAAAGUCUCAUCAGAUUACUACACUUCUGAAGAAAUGAUGCAGUUCAAAAAGCCUAAGAAAAAGAAAUCCUUGCGGAAGAAGGAUAAGCUAGAUAUUGACGCCCUUGAGGCAGAAGCAGUCUCUGCAGGGCUGGGUGUUGGUGAUCUUGGUUCUCGGAAUGAUCCGAAGAGGCAGGUGAUUAGAGAGGAGCAAGAUAGAGCUGAGGCUGAAAGGAGGAAUAAUGCAUACAAGACAGCUUUCGCUAAGGCAGAUGAAGCAUCAAAAUCACUACGAUUGGAACAAACUCUUCCUGUCAAAUUAGAAGAAGAGGAGAAUCUAGUUUUUGCGGAUGAUGAUGAAGAUUUUCAUAAAGCUGUAGAGAGAGCGAGGAAAAUAGCUGUCAAAAAGGAAGACAAGGAGACACCAUCUGGUCCUGAGGCUGUUGCAUUGCUUGCAGCAACCAUUGCCAACAGUCAGCCUGCAGAUGAACAAAAUCCUUCUGGGGAGUCGCAGGAAAACAAGGUUGUCUUUACAGAAAUGGAAGAAUUUGUCUGGGGUCUCCAACUUGAAGAAGAAGCCCAAAAGCCCGACAAUGAAGAUGUUUUUAUGGAUGAAGAUGAGGAACCUAAAGCUUAUAAUGAGGAAAUAAAGAAUGAGCCUGGUGGCUGGACUGAAGUUAAAGAGACCAAUAACGAUGAACACCCUAGUAAAGAGGAGGAGGAGGAGAUAGUUCCAGAUGGGAUUAUCCAUGAAGUUGCAGUUGGAAAAGGAUUAUCAGGUGCGCUGAAGCUGCUUAAAGAGAGAGGGACACUUAAAGAAAGUAUCGACUGGGGUGGCAGAAAUAUGGACAAAAAGAAGAGCAAACUUGUUGGCAUCGUAGAUGAUGAUGAGCCAGGCCAACAAGUCCAUCCAAAGAAGGAUGGAACCCGUACAUCCUCUUCGAGCUAUUCAAAGGAGACUCGCGCAUCUAAGGUCUAUGAAGAAAAGGACAUCCGUAUAGAGAGGACAGACGAGUUUGGGCGUAUUUUGACUCCGAAGGAAGCUUUUCGGAUUAUUUCUCAUAAGUUCCAUGGGAAGGGACCUGGAAAAAUGAAACAAGAAAAGCGCAUGAAGCAAUACCAGGAAGAAUUGAAAUUGAAGCAGAUGAAGAGUUCAGAUACACCAUCACAGUCUGUGGAGAGGAUGAGAGAAGCACAAGCUCAGUUGAAGACGCCCUAUCUUGUCCUCAGUGGACAUGUUAAACCAGGGCAAACCAGUGACCCCCGGAGCGGUUUUGCUACUGUUGAGAAGGAUCCCCCUGGGGGCUUGACACCUAUGCUUGGGGAUCGUAAGGUUGAACAUUUUCUCGGAAUAAAACGCAAACCGGAGCCCGCCAAUUCAGGGAGGCCAAAGAAGCCUAAAUCUUGAGUCUUUGGUAGAAUUUUGAAGCUAAUCGCAUGUGUGAUUCUUUGUUGGGUUUGGAGCUCAAGUUUUCAGAAAGAGCAGCUGUGAACCAGGUCAUCUGUUGCAUUGACAUUUGAUUGGGAAGGGCAAAAUCCAAGGCAAACCGUUACUUCUGCUUACGCUGCUGACUGUAAAUAUUACCAUCCUUUGAAAACAAGUAGCUAUGAAAAAAACUUUGGGGAAAAAUUUUGGUUCUUUAUUGGAUGUAUCAACAGUUUAUAUUCCAGCUAGGAAAAAAAAAAAAAAAAAACCUUUUAGAGCAGUUCAACAAUUUAAUGAUUUGUAUUAAUCGCUGGACUUUUGACUUUGAGCACUGCACAAAGCUUAUAAAUGGAAAAAGCAAGAAUUAACAUAUC